UUUUUAAUCUCGCCCAACUCUCUCUCUCUCUCUCUCUCCCCCCCCCCCCCAUUGGGUUUGAUUUUUUUUGUUUGGAUUUGAAGGAUGCUUUGCAGUAGGAAAGUGAUGAAUUUCCUGUUGAGAAAGGACGUUAGGAAAUUCCUCAAGCGUAAAGACAGUGAUGCCGGCGAUAGAGGAAGAGCAUUAGAAGACCUGAGAGCUUCUCUCUUCAGUGAACUGAGAACAUCAGAUGGGGCCAAGAGGCUGCAGCAAAGACUUUGUGGCCCAACAGUUGCCCUCUCUUUCAAUUUCUUAGUUUCUGUCGGCAUUAUAUUGAUGAACAAAUUGGUGCUUGGAAAAGUGGGUUUCAAUUAUCCAAUAUUUCUAACCUUCAUCCACUAUAGCUUGAGUUGGUUCUUGAUGGCGAUUAUGAAUUUCUUCUCGUUUCUUCCGGCAUCUCCUCUUUCCAAGACUACCUCAUAUUCUUCUCUUUUAGCUCUUGGGAUUGUCAUGUCUCUCUCUAAUGGACUUGCAAACGUCAGUUUGAAGUAUAACAGUGUGGGUUUCUAUCAGAUGGCUAAAAUUGCUGUCACCCCAUCAAUUGUUCUAGCCGAAUUUAUGCUCUUUCAAAAGACAGUUUCUUUUCAGAAGGUACUAGCAUUGACCGUUGUUUCUAUUGGCGUUGCGGUUGCAACAGUUACAGAUCUUGAGUUCCAUUUUUUUGGUGCAUGUAUAGCUUUGGCAUGGAUUAUACCUAGUGCGGUAAAUAAGAUACUAUGGUCCAAUCUACAGCAGCAAGAGAAUUGGACUGCUUUAGCUUUAAUGUGGAAGACAACACCAAUUACUCUUCUCUUUUUGGUGGCUUUGAUGCCUUGGCUUGACCCACCAGGUGCUCUGUCCUUCGAUUGGAACUUCCGUAAUACAUUAGCUAUUUUUAUGUCAGCUGUUCUUGGCUUCCUACUCCAGUGGUCUGGUGCUUUGGCUCUUGGGGCAACAUCUGCAACCUCUCAUGUAGUACUUGGUCAGUUCAAAACAUGUGUCAUUCUUAUUGGUGGUUUCCUCCUUUUCAAUUCAAAUCCAGGGAUGUUGAGUAUCUGUGGAGCUAUAACAGCACUUGGAGGUAUGUCAUUGUACACUUAUCUUAACUUGCUAGGCUGCCAGCAGCAAGCAGUUAAAUCAUCUACUCGUCUACCAUCAUUUUCAUUACCAAAAUCUAAACUCAGCAAAGAAAGUUCUGAUGGCAAUUCUGCUAGCGAAUCCGUAUAAGAAUAUGGAUUGGAUUUGAGUUAUACAAAGUGAGGGAGUUAGAUGUUAGAUGGUGAGAGUAUGUUGUAGAAACUAGUAACUAACCAAUGUGAUAUUUUUUUUCCGUAAUUUUUUAAAUGGUAUUUAGGUAUAUCAUCCAGGGGUGAUAUAUCUGUAUGUAAUUAUGAAUUCUGUUUGAUUAUAAGAGUGUUCCUUUAGAAAGGCUCAAUUGUAUCUCAUAGUAGUGAAUGUUUGGUGUAAAGCUUGAAAAUGCAUAAUUGACUGCUUCAAGUUUCCUUUCC